AUGCAUUUUUCUUCUUGGCAUAGGUACGGUGCUUACAAGCGCUGCACGCUUUGCCCUAACAGUGCAAUCCAUUUGGGACUACUCGACGUAUCUGGUUGGAUCAGUGGAAAUUGCGACCCAAAUCAUUGUUAUUUCUUUACCAGCACUACGCCCACUUCUCAAUGCACUUUCGCGGCGUUGGGGGAAGUGGUCGGGCACAGCAACAAGGUCCGGUACCCAGCAGCAACUCAAGGACACAAAACAAAAUACACAGGUGUCAGGCACGAUUAUCAGCUUUCGAAGUAA